AUGGCUACUGACAUCGUUUUGUUAGAAAUAUUAGGCGUCAUUCUUAUUUUCAAUAUAAUUAUUGCGGAUGAUCCAUGUAAAUAUGAAACACCCAAUAAAGGUCUAAUUGAUCUUUCAUCUAUUGGCAAGAUGGAUGGAACACCUGUUUGGAAAGAUAUUCCACCAGAUAAAACCGAAAAUUAUGUCUAUUCGUACAAUCCCUGCUAUCCGUUUAGUGAAAAACUCUGUACAAAUGUAGCUGGCUGUCAGAUUGGAAAGGAUGGCAGAGUAUCCUAUUCGAUUGGUACACAGGCAAGUAUAAUUUGGAAAAAUACUCUUGAUGAUAUGCCUAGUCUAGUCUAUACAUCGGCUGAUCGCACCAAACAAUUAUUUGUUGAUAUGCUUUGUAUUCAAUCGGAUGAGCACAAACUUGAAGUACAUGGUGAAACUAAAACGAAUGAAUAUCAUAUGACAUUAUCUACUAAAUGUGCAUGUUGGAAUGGUUGUAAAGAUAGUCCAAAACCAACAAAACCAAACAGUCUCACUACUGGAGCUAUUUUGAUUAUCAUAUUUGUAGCUGUUGUGUUUCUCUAUUUGAUCACGUUUAUAUCGUAUAAUCAUUUCCGUCUUCAACGAUCCGGUAUUGAUCUUAUUCCUCAUCGCAAAUUUUGGAUUGUCCUGCCUGGCUAUGUUAAAGAUGGUAUCAUUUUUGUCUAUCAUCGUGUUAUAUGUUCUAGUCGAGGUGCGUAUCAAUCAGUUUGA